AUGGAGGCAUCUCCAGCAGAACGGCAUUUGGAGCUGGAGGCGGCGGAGGUGGCAAUGCCCGUGGUCGGCACUUUGGGAGGAAAUGGUGGAGAUGGCAUCGAAACAAAUUUCACAGGAACACCACUCUGGUUUGCUGGGGGCGGAGGUGGAGGCGUCAACAACAACUUCCCUGACCUGCGAUUCUUUCCUGGUAGUGGAGGUUGCUUCAAUGGCACAGAUGGAUUGCCAAACUCAGGCGGUGGAGGACACAGGGGGCCAUCCUAUGGCAACUCUUACUAUGGGCAUGUGUCUACCCUUGAGAUUGAUGACGGCGACGGUGACGGGGAUGACAUGGAGGAGGACGUCGCGUUCUUGCAAGAGUUGCGACGCGAAGAGGGCGAAGAGGGCGAUGAAGAUGACACAGAGCUAUGA